AUGAAAGUGUUUUUAGGACUCACGAACAUCUCAGAUCCUUCAAGAAACUACGAGGAAUCCAGGAUCGUCACACACAUCGAAUGCAAUAAUCGAUCAGCUUGUCUUCUGAAGCUGUCAGGACCCGUGAACUUUACAGACUCCAUAUAUCCAGUCCACUUAGCCGCAGCAGGCAGCGCUUUACACUCUGGGUUGGAAAGCUGGGUCAUGAGUGGUGAGAAACAUUACCUUAUUCAUGUUGACUUACAUAAUCUGGUGAUACUGCAUGAUACAUCACUAUUUAUUCUGCUUUUCUUGUGUCCCUGUUUUUAUCUUGACUUUUAUUUCUUUCUGAUCAGGUUCACCUUCUGGAACCAGUGAAGAAGUACAGAUCGUCGGACACAGUGAAUGCAAAUGUGUGAAUCCUGGACUCGCAGAGAAUAUGAUCUGUGCUGGACCACAUGAGCACAUCAUGGGACAGGACGGACAGCUACAUCAAUGUCUGGUGACUACGAUACUUUGUGUUUUUACGCCUAGUCGCCCUUACCCUCUAAUCAAGAGAUGUUAGCAUCUGCUUAACUAAUCUUUGUUUGUCCAUUGUGUUUGAUUAACCCAACUGAUUUCAGCACCGUAACUCUCAUUCAUCUGGUUCAACAGGAUUACCCAGGGGGGGCACUGGUGACUCUUGUCAAUGUAACCUGGAUCCAGAUUGGCAUUGUACAUCCUGGUCAACUCUGCCCCCGGCAUAAAAACCUCAACUUCUACUUUCAAGUGUCUGCGCUUCAAGACUUCAUCAGCCUCGGAACCGGGAAUACCAAACUAGGUUUUGUUCACGUCCAUCCGAGAGGAGUUGACGCAGAUAACCCCUUUACAUGUCCAACAACUGAACUCCAAAGAACUACACUUAGGUCAACAACCAAUUUCAUCAGACUUCCUACAUCUCAUUGUACCCAAAAGUUUUCACCCGGGGAUGAUUGCAAGGAUGAUGAUGGUGAAACAUUUGACACUGGUGUCGAUCUAACACCCUCUUGCCUUUUCAUCUCACUCUGUGUUUUGGCUCCUUACUUAGCCUCUUUAAACUAACUAGCUACAGGUAAGUAAGAGGGUUAGCUUUUUAGUCCAAAUGCCUACUCAAUGAGUUUUGUGAUUUAUGUAGAGAACAGGCGAGGAAAGUCAUGGAUACGAAAUUUAACAUCCUUACCAUAAAUUCAUGUCAUUGUUGAAAGGUUGGAGGUGAGCCAAAGCACAGGCAUUCUUUGUUUCACAUUCAUCGGCCAUGACACAGCAUGAUGUUUGUUUCUGCAAAUCUAAUAAAUGCAUGGUAUGCACGGUAUAUCGUGUCUUUCCAGUUCAUUUUCUUUCAUCUUUAAACACUUUCAUGACUAUUAAUAGUCAUGAGUUGGCUGAUGGCCCAAGCUAACAAAACAUGGGAGACUGGCCAGGUACUCCCAGGUGCUGCAAAAACCACACCCACCAGUGGCCUGCAGGGAGACAAACAGAACUGGCAAAAGGGCAACAAACAUGCAAAUCAGGCCCUGUGCAAGUCACAGGGCUAUCACCCCCUUAAAAAAAUACAAAACCCUACAACUAGAGUCUACGCCCACGGGAAGGAUGAUCAAACCAAAGGUCAUGAACAAAGGUGUGCUUCAGUGCAUGGACAUGACAAGAGAGUGACCAAACAAGUUGCUCGGGCUUUCAGAAAAUCAGAAAAUGGCACUAUAAUAUUUGUGCAGUGACCUACUGACCUAAAAAGCACACAAGGCUCUUUUAGCAGUUGGUAACACAAUGGCUUUCACUUGUACCUGUAUAGGACAGACUGUACCCUGUAACCCGACCACGGUACAUCACUGUCAUAAGGUUAAUGGUGAGAAGUGCCUCAGCCAAACGGAUGUACAAAUUCCCACUCCAGAAGAGAGGACCUACAGCCAAAAUGAACAACCACAUCAUCCAAAUAGAUUCUACAACCCACCCUGUUUCACUUGGAAAAAGAGUCAAGUAGGAGGUGAACCACUUCCUAAAUUCCAAGCGAUCCCCUCAGUUGACAACUUUGGCUGGCCUCUUGGUCUGCUCUGUUUGGACAUGGCUGUCGGCAAGAGCGGUUGUUGCAUCCGGAUCACUAAUGUAUUGUACAAUAGUGUCAUUCGCUCAUGGUGGAUGCAGCAACUGGUCAAACUACAUUUUAGAACAGAAACUGAUCUCCUGAUCACACAAAAACACAUGGGGACUUAGGGCCAAGGUGGAGAACACCUAAGUCCCCCUUUACCUGUUUAAAGAUUUCUUAAUACACAAUACUAAAAUUUCUUACAGAUGACUGCCUUUUCAAAGUCUUUGCCCUAUCGACAGAUAAAAAAUGAGACAUACACAGGUAUCAACAGGUUUGGAAGGAUUCUUGUUGAGUGGCCGUGAUCCAGGGGUGUGUGCGACAGCAGGAGUUGUUGUGCUGGUGGAAGGUGCGGCACAACAAUUACAAGCAAGAGGUCUGUAAAAUGCCAUUGGUUCAUUCCUUGGGUUGGCAGUAAGUACAUAAAGAUGCGAAUUAUGCGAGGGUGGCACAGGUGGAAAAUGGCUCUCUACAAGUUCUUUUGCUGCGUUGCUGUCGUGAUCGCCCUCUCGCCUGACGGUAAGACAGAUGUUUUAUGUAGAGUUUAAGGAAGCUUGUGGGAUGGAGUGUAAAAUGUAAAAUCAUCUCAGUGUGUUCAUUUUGACAUGAUUUUUUGUGUUGUUUUCGUCAAGAUUUAGUCAGAGGAAAGAAAUGUAUUUUUCUGAGAUAUAAAACUUUCAAUGUAAAGAAAAGUCUCCUGUUAUCUUUGGUCAUCUUGGCUGAAAACAGGUUUUGAAAAAACUGUUGGUUUAUGCCAAAAACUGGUUUUUGAAAAGUGCAGUAAGUCACAUUUCACAGAAAUUUCCCUCUUCAGCUAAUGUUUGCUGGAUGAAUCUGGUUAUAAACCAGCUUAGAGGAGGAGAUGAAGUCUUAGAGGCAGGUGUCAUGUUUAGUUUUACUACCUUGUCAAAGAAUGCCACCAUAACGCAAGUGGUCUGAUUGGUCUGAUGCACAAAAAUAUCUAAACAUUAAAUUUAGGCAGUUGUUGUGUACUCAUGUCAGAGGAUUAUCUAAUAUCCUUGUAAUUUGAGUUCUUUUAGAUCUGUUAUCAGUUCACUAAUAGCUUGUUGUUUGGCUCCCUACAGGAGACUGUGAGCAGACUUCUUACCGACAGUCACCAGGUCGAAAUCAUCAAAUUUUGAUGACUGACCGAUAAAAAGUUUGUCAGCUACUUGAGACCUAAAUCUUGGAUUUUUUUUACAAAAACAUCCAAGCUUUUAGUCAUAUUUUAGCCUUUUUUUGCCCUUAAUGGUUUUAGUUCAGUUUUACUUGAUGGAAACUUAAAUCCUUUUAGUCUUAAGUUAAUCUAACAUCGGGACUUUCCUUUAUAAUGUUUUCUAUCUUCAAAGUGAGACUAUUGUUUUUAAGUUUUUCCCGUACCUCACUUGUCCAACUUGUCUUACAAAAUACCUGGUCCUUUGUUAUGGAUCCAUCAAAGGAGUUUGCCAGAACCUGUCAGAGAGCUCCUUUGGGCAUUUAUGAUUUCUAUGUUUCACAUUUAGUUCCAUCAUACAAACUGGUCCUGGAGAGAAGGAAGCCGGAAUGAAGAUUAGUUCCAGUCUGGUCUGAGGACUCAAUUUAGUGUUUUUAGGACUGCUUCAGCUGCACAGGUUGGGACUUGACUGAGAACGUCUGCACCGGUCUUAAUGAACUUACAGAGACUGCAUCAGCGUGUUCCACUUUUUAUGAGAACGUGACAAUUCCUCAGAAAUUAAUCACCCGUGAACACACCACAGAUUUCUAAAUCUGAGGAAGGAAGUGCGACCGUUUCACUCGCAUUUGCGACUAAAAAUAGAUAUAUGCAAAUUGUAAAAUGUAUUAAGGGGCACAUGUGCGUAUAAAAAAAAUUAGCUGAGGCAACAAAUGUUAGUCUGCGGUGAAGUUAGUUUUAGGUUGGAUAUCCAAUGGACAUUCACUGCGGAUCUACCGGUGUCCUCUCACUCUCCAUAACCGGGAAUAGCAACUGCAGCGUGGUUAGAUCUACUCGCUGUCAACAUCGGGUGUUGAAUAAGGGUCCAUCGAUAAAUUACCGGUUGAUGUUCUCAAAAAAGGCUUUUUUCCUUCAAUAGCUUCCAUAUCAUGUGACCAAAAGACCUAAAAUUGAUUUCAAAUAGUAGUAUUUAUGUCAACCAAUAAGACACACAUUAUUUGAUCAAUUUUCAUUGUGCCCCUUGCUUUUUAACUUAGGACCACACUUGCUCCUUGUGAAAAAAGUUAUAGUGUCAAGCCCUGAUAUCCUAGCCUGGCUGGGCCAUCCAGUUGCGCGAAUCACUUGCCGUUCCUUCCCACAACAGUCUGGACUUCGGCCAAUUGGGAGCGAGUAUUAGAAAUCAGAAAAUAACCGGGCCAAUCAGUGACUGUGUUUCCACUGUUCCCCGGACAACAGUGAAAGGCAGCCCCUGAUUGGUCCAUGUGUAGAUGGUGACGUUUAACACAUGCUGCAGGUCUUUUCAAAGCGCCGUUUAUUCUGAAUGCUGUUAAUUCUGAACGCUGUUAAUUCUGCAGUUGACUUUGCAAAGUCGGCAGAAAUCGUUUAUAUCUGCAGAAGAAGACGUAAAAGACAUUGUUUGCUCGCACACGUUGAAAUAUUACCAAACUUGAUGCUUGAGAGCCCAGCAGGGAACACAGUUGUGCACUGUGAUGACGUCAGAUGUUUGGUUACGGUGAUCAGUUACAGUAGUCUGUCUAUCAAGGAAAGUACUCCCGCCCACUUUUAGGGCUCCCAAUUGGCCGAAGUCCAGACUGUUGUGGGAAGGAACGGCCAGUGAUUCAUGCAACUGGAUGGCCCAGCCAGGCUACUGAUAUCCAUCAAGGAUAAGGAAAGGAUCCUUGACUCGCUGGUCACCACAACAUAAGCAGCUUGACUCUACUUUUCAGUGUAGUGUGUAUUUCUUGUUUUUAUUCUUUUUAUAAGGUUGUUCAAUGCUUGUAUCUUCUUACUGCUGGCUGCUACACAAAGUGCCCUUCACAGGGAUAAUGAAGUUGACCUGAAGUUAAAGCAUUUCUACUCAUGUCACUCUUUGUUUUUGUUUGUGAAGGUAAGUGCAAGUCAUCAUCUGCCUUAUUCUAACAUUCUUGUUUUAUCACUUUCCUUCAAGGGUUUUACUCAGCUGCGCAGGGUAAGAGUCCACCUGUCCAAGUUCCUCACAUUUCUGAUUUAUUUCUGUUUCGUUAAUGAGAUCUAAAAUGUUAGCAACGAGAACUGUCAGGAUAUUCUCAAUGUUCAAAAUCGUCUCCCUUCAGACUGCGGCAGAGUGAGCGAAGGGCAGGAUCUUUCAGAAAGUUUGCCUUGGGAGGCCAGAAUACUGAUAGGCAGUAGUGUUUGUUAUGGCUCCCUUAUCAACACAGAGUGGGUACUGACAACGCCUGCUUGUGGAAGAGGGUGAGAGAUUCUUGAAAUAAUUUUCUCUUAAACUAUUUGUUUCUAUGUUUGUCAUCUUCCAACAGGACAGCUACAAUGGGGAACCUCUUAGUACCUGGUAAUAACUUUGUCCAAAGUGUUCAGGUCACAGGUGGAUAGCCUGAACUUUGUGGAAGAGCAUCUUCUUUUUGAUAACAUUUCAAAAUGGUGAACAGUAUGAACAACAUUUCCACCUUUAGCUUGUUUGGGGAACUUUAAUUCUUUGAUUUAGAAGUGGUGACUUGUAGGAAACCCAUGUUUUUAUUCAGUUCUAUCGAGCGUUAACCUGCAACCUAAUGUUCUGUGUUGUCUAUCGGAUUUUAUUGGGAAGUUUUUGGAACCUUGACAAAUGUAAUGGACUGUAUUGACCUCUUUCUCCAGUCUUUUGAGCUCUAGAAACAUCUCGUCAACCACAUACUGCAUUCAUCCAGUGUCAUUACAGCUUUAUUAAAUGCCAUCAGUAUUGACUUCACUGCUUGUCAUUAACCUGAUUAACCUUUUUUUCUGAGGCUAACAAGAUAAACAUAGAUGUCUUUAUGUUUUUCGAUUUUUCAGUGUUGGUGACUCAAGUGUCGUGUUUUUGAAAAACUUUCAAUAUCGUGUCAAAUCCAAUACAUGCGGUUCCACCGAUGGACCUGUAUGUGCUCUGGAGCUGUCUCCACCUGUAAUUCUUUUCGGCCCCAUACCUCCCAUCUGCGUAGCUGCAGAAGGCAGCACUUACUCCAUAGGCAUGGAGACCUUUGUCCCUCACGGUGAGAUCUCGUUCUGAUAAUAACGCAUGAACACAAUAAUCACAGUCCAAAUCUUGAUUUUCUCUUGUUUUCUGAACAGGUGUCGAAACUGGUAAUGUAAAAAUACAGGUUGCUGGAAAUGAUGAGUGCAGAUCCUCAGGUGUUCGUAUCUCAGAGGAGGAGAUCUGUGCUGGACCCAAAGAGAGGAAUAUGAGCGAGGCGGAGCAAUGUCGGGUAAUAAAAAGUUCUAUUUGUGAUUUCCUGUGUAGUGUUUUUCUUAGUAUCAAGUAACGUGCAAACAAGCUGAUGCUCAUCUUUAUGUAGCUUUAAAGCUAACAUCAGUCCAGGAGGCUAUUCACCCUCUUCAGUUGCACAUUCUUUUGCACAGUGCACCACAUAGAAGUAAAUUUAUAACCACGGUUAUGAUGAGCAGGCCCUCUGGAAUGUGAUCCAGCAGAGGGCAGCCUAAUACAGUAGUAUGCUGCAUUAUUAUCAAUUUGGAUGGCUCAUUACAGCUGGAAUGUGAGAGAGAACUCACUUGAGGGUCACUGACUAUGUGGGCAAAUGGGACAACUGUGUAAAACUGAAAAAAAAAACAAAAAAAACGAUGAUUUCUUCAGUAUAAUACAUCGUCAAAACUUAAGAGAAUCAGGGGAAACAGGAGUAGAAGUUUUUUGGGGGUUUUUUCUGUGAAGUUCUCCCAUUUAUAGAUUUCCACUGUCAGCUCAUAAACUGUUAUUACUUUCUGUCCACAGGAUAACUCAGGGCAUUCACUGUCAACCCGCGUCAAUUCAACCUGGGUCCUGAUUGGCAUUGUGCAACCUGAUCUAGGAAGCUCGUGUCCCCGGGACAAAGUCCUUGCCUCAUACUCAGAUGUAUCCAAGGUCCAAGAAUCAAUCAGGAAUCAAGUUGAAGGACCAAUCGGUUUUGUUACAGUCCAACCAACAACCAUCCCAGACAAAACCAUCACCACCAUCCCACCAACAACCGCUACACCUGAACUCAUCACCACCUUCCCAUCAACAACAACCUUUGCAUCUGAUGACUUUGACGACCUUUUCUCACCAACAGCCAUCCCACCUGAAGCUAUCACCACCAUCCCACCAACAGCCAUCCCACCUGAACCUAUCACCACCAUCCCACCAAUAGUCAUCCCACCUGAACCUAUCACCACCAUCCCACCAACAACAACAACCUUUGCAUCUGAUGACUUUGACGACCUUUUCUCACCAACAGCCAUCCCACCUGAACCUAUCACCACCACCCCACCACCAACAACAACAACAACAACCCAAACAACCCCUAUAUAUGAUCCCUAUUACAUCAUUUACGGUCCCACCGUCGCUCAGACAACAGCAACAUAUGCAUAUGAUUACUAUAGCGACCUUUACCCAGAUAUACCCAUUAUACCUGAAGUCACCACGACAACACAUGGACAUGAUGACUAUAGCGACUUUUACCCAUACGAAACCACUACAACAGAACCCACCGCCAUCGCACCAACAACCAUUGCACCCACCAAGCCAGAAGAUGUCUUUGAUGAUGCUGUUGCUGUGAGACACAGUUACCCCUUAAUCUUUCUUGCUGUUCUGUCUUUUUUAAUUUGAUAACACUAAAAUGGUGAUCUGCAAAUUAUUGAGCUCUACAGCCGAAGCGUCCAGCUCGCUGGUUGUUAUCUGGCUUUUUUAAACGGUAGAACAGGGUUGUAUAAUCAAAAUACUAUAUCUCUUGGAUGCUAAGUGUACAAAACCAACAGCAUAUACAUUGGGGUUUUUUUAACACGCUGAUCUUGAAGGGUACUGUAAUUUCACAUCUUGUUGGACUUCAGAAUCUUUCCUUCAAUUUGGUGGAAGGUUUUAACAUGUUUUACUUGGAAAAGUCACAGAUGUGUCAUGGCUUUUUAAUGGCCUUUCUGGAGUUUGGGAGCAAUAUUUUUUUUCUCUUACCAUGUUAGUGUGGUCAUGUGGGAUAAGGACCAAUUUCAGGUUUACACAAGAGUAGACCCACUUUACAUUCCUUGCAUCAGUGAAUGCCAAACAGCCAGGUAAAAGCAAAAAACUGGAAGCAAGCUAUCUUGGUUCGGGCCAUGUGGUAGCAAGCAGGCACAGACAAAGGAAAAGGAGAUCUCCUGCCACAGGUGCCUUAAAUAGGGGGUAGAGAAAAGGGGGAGGAGUCUACCUGCUUUCGGAGAGGCUACAUAGCUUGCAGCUUCUGCCUCCAAAUCCUACCUGCUACAUUAGGAUGAUAUCUGUAAAUCUUUAUCAGAUUGAAAGCAAGGGUCAUGAUUUACUGUGCAUACACAAAAGCAUUUACUUUCUGUGUCCUCACAACUUACUGUAACUAUCAAUAAUGUCCAUACUAUCAAUAAAGUAUAUACACAAUUGUUGGUUUCCUGUGCAUAUUUUUCUACUCUAAAAAGUAAUGCAACAAAGUCUAAUUUUUCAGGAACUUAUGAAACAAAUGUUUGUCUAAAUUCACAAGAGAAGGUGCCAGGGAAAUAAUAUACAGUACGUUGAAAUGUAAGGGAAAUAAACUCUAUAGUCAGCCUGUUACAACCAUGGACUGUGUUGCGAUAGAAGCUCUAGCCAUCAUUAAAUUUGGGGGCUUUUUGGUCCCGUACGGAUGAGCGCAAUGAGGUCCUCUUUGAAUCAGUAUUUUGUGUCAGUUUGUGUAUGUCUUGGUAGGUGGCCAGGUAAUAAUCGGGAUAAUGUCAAAUUCAUACUAUCAGAGUUUUUCCCACCCUAAAAUGAAAUAUCUGUCAGCACUUAUUGUUCCAAAAGUCCAUCCUAUUUUGGGUUAUUUUUGUUCCCUGAGAUGUGUCUGUUUAAAGCAAGUUUUAAAAAAUAAAAAUAAACAAUUAAAAAUAAAGAUAGAUUUGACCGUCAAAACUGAGCAAAAAGAGAUUUUGUGUCAGAAGAUAUUAUGAGACAUGUAAAAGACAAGAAAAGCAAAGUCUGCUCGGUCUGCAGAGGGCAGGGAGUUUUAGCUAUUUAAAUAAUUUUUGGAUUCCACAUAAUUAAUUAAGUUGCAUUUUCCUUUAAAUUAUCUCUUCAAAUGAUAAGCUUACGUUCGGUCCACCUUCAGCAUAUUAAUGUCAUAUCUACGUAUUUUAUCGACGUAACCCUAACUCCUGAGGGAUGGGUGCAGAUCAGUAUUUAUCGUGGAUUUGCGUGACAACUACUUUUUGUAAAGUUGUAAAUUUAUUUUUGAAAGGCGUAACUUGGAACUGUGGUUAGUCUCUACUUCUACGGUGGGAUCACUUUUUCAACAUUUAUGACUUCAUUUGGACAUUUUUCUCCAAUUACGAAAACUCUAUUCAAAGGUUUUAGAAAUAACUGUAUUCUAGUAACAUUUCAACUUUUCUCUCAUCAUGCUACUUGCAUCUUAAUUCUUGUAAUAUCUAUGACUCAUGUUUGACUUUUUCUUGUAUUACAUUUACCUCAUUCUUUUAUAAUAUGGCACAAAUACAAAGCAGAUGAAGUAUUGCUUAAUAAGUGAGUUUAUGUUCUGUUUACUCAGAGUGGGAGUCGGUCUUUUGUGUCAGCAGGUGGCAGUGUCGAGCCAAUAUGGAGGGAGGAAAUGAAAGAAAACAAGAAAAACCUUGUCAUAGCGCAGUGUGAAGAAUAG